AAAGGAAUCUUGUAAGUUCUAUAUGGCACACAGCGAGAGAAUGGAAAGGGAGAAUGGAGAAUUUAAGGCUAACCUGGAUCAGCAGAAAAAUAUAUUUGAGGCUGACAAAGGAAGCCUUGAAAAGACGCUGGAAAGUAUAACCAACCUGCUUCAGGAGAAGGAACAGACUCUACAGCAGAAACUGGCUCAGCAGGAACUACUUCACCGUGCGCGAGAGGCUCAGUUACUGUCAGAGGUCAAGGCCUGUGAAAUGAGCCUUACGGCAAUGACCACCAAACGGCAGGCAAAUGAGGAUUCCUACAAGACCCAGAUAAAAGAACUCGAAGAACAUUUUUCAGAUUUGGAAAUUUCUUCAAAAAAUGAAAACGAUAUACUAAAGGAAUCUUUGAAGGCUUAUAAGGGGAGUCAGAUACAGCGAGAUGAGAUAAAAUCCCUUAAAUGCCAAUUGGAGAGCAUGGCCGAAAAGAUACAAGAGUUGGAGAGCACUCUUAAAAAUGAACGGGCUCAAAACGAGGCCACAGCUCAGAACAAAGAGCAAUUAGAUGGAUACAGAGGCCACUUCCAAGAGGAAAGAGUGCGCCAUCUUAUUCUGAAAGAUGAGAUGGCUUACCAUCAUUCUAAAAGAGCACUGGACAGGGAAAGAAACAAGACAGCCGAUCUGCACAGGAAGUGGGUUUAG